AUGGAUCGGAGUCAGAAGAUUGAUCACGUCAUCGGCGGAAAGUUUAAGUUGGGUAGGAAACUCGGUAGUGGAUCGUUCGGCGAACUUUAUUUAGGGAUCAACAUCCAAACUGGUGAAGAAGUCGCAGUUAAGCUGGAACCUGUGAAGACAAGGCAUCCUCAACUGCAUUAUGAAUCGAAAAUAUAUAUGUUUCUUCAAGGAGGAACUGGUGUUCCUCAUCUGAAAUGGUUCGGAGUGGAGGGUGAAUACAGCUGCAUGGUUAUCGAUCUUCUUGGGCCUAGCUUGGAAGACUUGUUCAACUACUGCAAUCGAAAGUUUACUUUGAAGUCUGUUUUAAUGCUUGCGGAUCAGUUGAUAUGCAGAGUCGAGUACAUGCAUUCGCGUGGUUUUCUUCACCGAGAUAUUAAACCAGACAACUUUUUGAUGGGUCUUGGGCGUAAAGCAAACCAGGUGUAUAUCAUCGAUUAUGGCCUUGCUAAAAAAUACAAGGAUCUUCAGACACAAAAGCAUAUACCAUACAGGGAGAAUAAGAAUCUUACUGGAACUGCUCGGUAUGCAAGUGUGAACACGCAUCUUGGGAUUGAGCAAAGUAGAAGAGAUGAUCUGGAGUCACUUGGUUAUGUGUUGAUGUAUUUUCUACGAGGAAGUCUUCCGUGGCAAGGUUUAAAAGCUGGUACGAAGAAGCAGAAGUAUGACAAGAUUAGUGAAAAGAAGAUGCUUACUCCUGUAGAGGUUCUUUGCAAGUCGCAGCCAUCAGAGUUCACCUCGUAUUUCCAUUACUGUCGAUCAUUGAGAUUUGAGGACAAACCAGAUUAUUCAUAUCUGAGAAGACUUUUCAGGGACCUUUUCAUUCGUGAAGGUUAUCAGCUAGACUACGUGUUUGAUUGGACAAUCUUGAAAUAUCCUCAGAGUGGCUCCAGUUCGAGACCAAGGCCAACUCCAAAACCAGCCUUGGACCCUCCAGGACCACCUGCAGAAAGAGCUGAAAAGCCUACAGUGGGACAGGACCUCCGGGAAAGAUUUUCAGGGGCAAUUGAGGCAUUCACAAGACGAAAUGUUUCAAGCCAAGGAGCUAAUGGUGACCGCUCUAGAAACAGAUCUUCUGAUGAUACACCCUCUCCUGUCAAAGAAGUGUACGAGUCUGAUAGAUACCGAUCUUUAUCUCGAAAUGGAAGUACUUCAAAGAGAGGUGUGAUGUCAAGCAGCAGACCUGGCUCAUCAGUUGAGCCAAGCGAGAACCGCUCAAGCCGACUGUUUUCAAGUGGAUCACGUCUUGGUACAACUCAACGGGUUCAGCAGAGCCCUGAAUCCAAGCCAUCAUCUGCAGCUGGAAGGCCUGGACAUGAUGAGGCCAUGAGAAGCUUUGAGCUCCUUAACAUCGGCUCUGGGAAGAAGAGGACAUGA